AUGAUACUGCAACUUCUUCAAUUGUUCCAAAACAGUCAAAACCCACGCGAUCCCUUGUGCAGUUCAGUUCAAGAAAAGCCGACAAACUCACCGGAAUGUCCUCCGUCAAUACUCGCCGGAGGUAAACAUUUUUCUACUGAAUUCUCUAUAGAACUACUGAAACGCUACUUCCCAACCCAAUCACCAGAAAUGCUCUCUCGUUGUAAAACCCCAACACUUCAAUCCCUCUGUGUAACUCUCAAGCUCCAAUUUUUCUCUACAAAUACACACCAAAAGCUUCCAACACUGUCCAAGAUUCCAGCAAAAUAUAGGCCCCAAGCGAUUUUACAAGCUCAAGAAGUACUCACUGAAUACUUCCAUUGCACUAGAUCCUUACCCUUCUGUUUUGCUGAGUACAUGGGUAAAAACUCGCGAUUUUCCCUUUUGGCUCUUGUUUCUAAAGUCCCAUUUUCUCGUAAUCGGUUUCCCAAUUCCAUUCAGAGGUUCUUAAGGUACCACCCCAUUAAUGAAUUUGAGUUUUUCUUUGAGAGCAUUGGUAUAAAUCACGUAGAAAUUAGUUCUAUGUUGCAUGUGAACAAAUGCUUCUUGUGUGAAGACAGUAAAGUUUUUGAUGCUGCUUGUUCUCUUGCUUGUUAUGGUUUCCCCUGGAACAAAUUGUGUAUUUUGUACAAAGGGGAUGUUUCAAUUUUUGGUAAAGAGCCUUAUGAAUUGGAAGAGAGGCUUUCGUAUAUUGAACAAUAUCGGUUUUGUAAUGUUGCUGUUAUUGGUAUUUCCCUAGCUUUCCCAUAUGUCCUGGGUGAAAAGAGUGAGGAUGAAAUUGGUAUGCUGUUUGAUGAUUUGAAAAGGGUGUUUCUGGAUUUUGAUCUUGCAAGUUCUGUAGAGGGAAAUGUAAAUGCUUGGUUUGAGAUUUGUAGGAAAAUUGCAAUGUUUUAUGAAUUGGGUUGUGAGAAAGGGAAGAUUGGUGAAUUGAUGGGAAGAAAUAAAAGCAUUUUUGUUGAUUACUCUGAAGAGGUUUUGGCUAAAAAGAUUGAUUUUUUUUGUAGACUAGAUGUGAGAAAAGAAGAGAUUGGACUUUUAGUUCUAUCGAAGCCUGAGAUUUUGAGUUUUGAUUUGGAAGUUCGUAUGAUUUCGACGGUAGGAUUUUUGAAACAUUUUGGAUUGGGUGUAAAUAAACGAAAAUUGAUUGCCCAAACAUACCAAUACAUUAUGGGUAGAAAUAGAAUAGCUAAUGUACCUCAUGUUUUGAGAUCAUUGGAUCUAAAUGAAUGGUUCUUUGACAGACUAAAAAAUGGUGGUCAUGGUCUGUUAGGUAACUAUGUUAUUGGCAGUGUUGAAGAUUUUGACAAAGAUUAUGCAGAGCAUUUGCAGAAAAUUCAGGCGACGAGAACACCCUUUCAUACCCUUCGUAAAUUAAAUUUCUUGCAUGGGAUUGGUUUUGGAGAAAACAAGGUGACUAUGAAAGUGUUGUCUCUGUUGCAUGGUCCAGGUGAUGAGUUACAGGAACGGUUUGAUUGCCUACUUCGUGGUGGAAUUAAGUUAUCGACGCUCUGCAAAAUGCUUACAACGUGUCCAAAGAUUCUGAACCAGAAAGCUGAAUUUCUUGAGCAAAAAAUAAAAUUUCUUUUCCUGGAUAUGGGAUUAUCACAGGAGGAGCUUUGUGCUUUCCCAUCCUGUUUAUGUUAUGACUUGGAGAAGAGGAUUAUGCCCCGUUGCCAAUUCCAUAAGUGGCUUAGAGAACAGGAUUGGUGUCGAUAUAAAUAUUCUCUUGCAAGUAUUGUUGCCACUAGUGAUAAAAUGUUUAUGGCUCGCAUCUCUGACAUUCAUCCAGAUGCCCCUAAAAAGUGGUCUGAUAGUUUCUCAAAGGAAAAUGACUCAAUAAGUUGCUAAGGCACAUCAGAGUGCUUAUUGUUGGUCAAUCUUUUAGAUGGUUAUCAAAUGAAAAGAUUUUGACUUGUACAUCCUUCUUGUUUUAUUGCUCCUGAUAGCUCAUUGUGAGAUUUUAAAACAAUUGCAUGGCUUGUGACUGAAACACAAGAUGUAACUAUCACGUUGCCAUUAUAAUUAAAAGUGCAAAUUAUCCAGAUUUAUCAGCACAAGUUUGAUCUAUGCUGUCUGAAGGAGUAAAUUUGUGUUAAUAAGUUUUGUAAAAUCAGAAGCAGGAAUUGUCCAUUGACUAACAAGUUGUUUCCUUUGUUUUCAUUUUUCAAAAAAUGGUAGUAGUUCAACAAUGAAAGGAAGAUGGUUUCAGUGUCAAAGGGCCAUAUAUUAAUAUCUUCUUGAGUGAUUGUGAUGAAAUAUGCUCCAAAUCAGAUUUUUGUCUAACUGGAAAGAAAUGCCUUUUUUGUGUUUCCAGUUGUAUCUUGCGAGUGGGACUAAGGGGAUACAUUGAAAACUAUCUGCAGUUAAGUUGAUCAGUUGAAUACUAUUAAUAUUAUGGAAUAUCAAUGUACUUCAGGGACUACAAUGCUGCUGAAAGUGUGCCUUUCACUUACAACUUUGAUAUAGAUAAGUAGUAAAAAGAAAAACAUCUCCCUAGAACGUGAGCAUUGUGUUAAACUUAUCUAGAAGCUCAGCAGGUGCUUUUUUCUGUGUUAGCCUGCAGGUCAUUUCCUGCUUGCAAUGGCUCAAACUGGCUGGGGAAAUAAGUUUAAUAUCUAACAAAGAAGCUCUGAAGAGACGGAAAAGGAGUAGGAAAGGAAGCAAGUUCACUUUCUCCUCAUCAGUUUGUUUGCCUUUACAAAGACUUGUCUAAUAUUAGCAUCCUAUAUUGUAAUUAUUCUUUCCCUAGCUUGUGUUGAUUAUGGUGAAAGUUACAGUCCCUUAGCCCUUAGGGGGAUCUGCUUAUUGAUGAAAGUUACUACCUCCUAAGUUUGAGUAAGGGGUUCACACUUCACACACUCUUGCAUAUUCAGAGAUAUUGAUUACAGAAAGAGGCCUGAUGGACACGGUAUAUACCAGCCAUUUACUUCCUUUAUUUCCGCUGGUUUGACAUGUUUACUUAGUUUGUUUCAGUUGUAAGUCGAAUCCUUAUGCAUUUUUGUUUUCUGCAUCACUACUUAAUCUAUUUCCACUAGUAGUGUAAUUUACUGGAUGAAGAUGAGAAAGUCUCAAAGAUUUGAUGAGACUAAAAGAACUCUUACUGAUAAUUGAGACCCUUGCGCUGGUGAUUUACUUGAGGGCUGCAGUACACCUGUUAUGGAUGAAACACGAAUAUGAUAAUGAUUCUUUUCCAGUUGAUGUGCUAACUUGAAACUUGUAAAGAUCCCUAAAGAUUAACUUCGAGGUUUUAUCUCUCUGAUUGUGUUCCUUAGAUUCAUUUGUUGUUGUUGACAACUACAUCCAAAUGGAGAUACUGUACCUACUUUAGUUUGGUAACACAGCUUGUAUAAUUUUAGAAAACUUAUUUGCAAACCGCUGUCUCCUUUGUCUUUGUUUCUUCUGUUUCUGAAGACAUAGAAGUAACUAUUUUGAUCUUUUGAA